AAAAGAACUUAAGAACUACCUCCAAAAAGGGAGAAAAAACACAUAAACACCUGUCUACAAAACAAAAAAAAAUCAACAACAAAAUCUUCACUUUCUUUCCUAGAGGAAGCUCUUUAGCUUGUUCUUGUGAUAUUUGAGUGUGGCAAUGGCUUCUUCAUCUUCCUCCACAUUUGCUCUCUCUUCUUCCUCCACCCUCCUCGAUUCUAAGGCGCCCCGACAAUCCGCUUCGCCGUCAGCAAAUGUGCCGCUCCCCACUCUCCCAUCACCGCCUACUCCCUCGUCGCAGAUCCGCCCUUGGAAGUCCACUGCCUAUUGUCGGAAGGUUGCUCGCAAUGUGAUGGCGAUGGCAACCGGAGAAGUGCCGGCUGAAGUGGCCGCAGGGGAGCUGGCGGAGAUGCCUGAAAUUAUAAAAAAAGUUCAAGAAGCUUGGGAUAAGGUUGAAGAUAAGUAUGCAGUAAGUUCACUCGCUGUGUCCGGUUUUGUCGCACUUUGGGCCUCCGCUGGCGUUGUCUCGGCAAUUGAUAGGCUUCCUCUAAUUCCUGGCUUGCUUGAGCUUGUGGGCAUUGGCUACACUGGGUGGUUUGCAUACAAGAAUCUGAUUUUCAGACCAGACAGGGAAGCAUUAUUGCAAAAAUUAAAGGAAACUUACAGUGAGAUAAUAGGGAGCAGCUAAAAGAAAGAUGUGUUGAAAGAGGGGAUUUAAUUUAAAGCUCUGUGGCUAAUAAGAGUUUAAAUUAUGGUCUUCUUUUAAUUUCAAGCCAAAAAUAAUCUUUAUUAGUUUGCUGUUUGGCAAGUAUAUUUGCAUAAAAAUGUAACUUCUUUUUUCCCCACCUUUCUUUUGUAAUUGCUAACUCAAUCCCAAUCUUUGUACUUUAUGUGCUUUCCAUUGUCCUCUUUAACAUUCUCUCAAUUUUUUUGCAAUUCUAAACCACUUUUUGAA